CCAGCUGAUUGGUGAACUCGUCCGCCAGCUCUCGGAUCAACCAAUCAGAACUCUGUUAACAAGGGCCGACUCACUUUGACGUAAACAAACUUUGCAAUCGUCAGCUGACGUGUAGGACGGCUAUGCAAUAUUUGAGCUCUAGGGUGUUGUGAGCGUCUGUGAGGGCCUUUACCACCAGGAGGGAGUGUGUUAAGGAUGCAGAGCGUGGGGACCCAGCUGGCGGUGGGUGUUUUUGCCCUUGCUGCCUGGUUUUGCCUGUACCUGUUGAUUGCAACUGCACUGCGCAUGUGGACACGGACUAGUCAACUCUCUCACGCCCACCGCGCCCACAUCACAGAGAGUUUUGUCUCUGGCGUGCAGGGAGUUGCUUGUGCAAUAGUGGGCUUAAUGACUGUGAUAGCUUGCAGGCAUGAUGUUAUGGGUGAAAAAUUUCCCCUAGUAGUUUACUAUUCUUCAGUUGGAACUGCUUAUUUCAUUUAUGAUCUGUGGGCAAUGUACAAGAGUCACAUUGCUAAGAUAAGUGCUGUGAGUGGUGUGAUAACCUGUAUGGUGUCUUAUUUGAAAAAAGACUUCUUGAUGAUUGUGCACCAUCUCACCAUCACAUUCCUGCUUUUCCCUGCUGUUAUCUACCAUGCCCCAAUGGGAGAUUUCUUCACAGGGUGUUUCUUUUGCUUAGAGCUCUCCACGCCCUUUGUCAAUGCUCGAGUUAUACUCAGUCGCCUUGGAUACAAGAAUUCAAAGAUAUAUGUGGUCAAUGGGUUGUUAAUGAUGACUGUUUUUGCAAUGUGUCGUAUUGCUCUGUUCCCCAUAAUGUAUGCAGCAUACUUGAGCCAACAGACGAGUGCACCUUCACAUAUCCAUGCCUUAGCCUCUAUACCAAUGACAUGUCACGUGUGGUGCCUCCUGGUCUUAGCGCCUCAGCUCUACUGGCUCGGAUUGAUGGUUAAAGGAGCUAUGGUUGUAAUGAAGACAGAGUCAUCUGCAGAAGACAAAGAUGACUGAUACAGGUUAAACAUUAGUAUAGGACUAACUCUAGUCACAUUUGUAUCUAUACAACAAGAGACAUUAAAGAAGACUCUCUUGCACUAUAUUUUUUAAUUAACUUAAAUUUGAAGUAUUUUUAUUCCAUGUUAAAUAAAUUAAGCCUAUAGUUGAUACACAAAACCUAUUAAAGAAUAAGGGUAUAGAACUCAGGUUUACAAAAUUUAGUUUUUACUGAAUUGUUCUCUGAAAACAGUCUUGGAGCAUUCAUCAGUAACUGCUUGUGUACAUUAAUUAAAAGAAUAUGAAACUAACCACAAUGGUGGAUUUAAACCCUUAUUCCACCUUGCUAGAAUAUAGGGCCAUUGAGACAGUGAUUUAAAUUUACUGUAUUGCACUUACUGUACUUGAAAAAUCUGUUUUUGUCAGUAAAUGCCUUCUCUAGGUACUUAUUAGCAUCCAUUUGUAGAUGAAAGUUUAAAGUCUUUGAUAGUCAUGAUUUAUUACACCUUGGCCAGGAUUUGUUGUUUAAUAUUGUGAAGAAAAAGAUGUGUCAUGUGCAAUACAUUGUCAAAACCUGUAGCUACAUUGUUGUAUGGACACAUAGGACCUUAUAUGAUUGAAGAUAAGAAACUGGAGAAGUUGAAUUAGUUGAUAUUGUUGAAGAUGUACAAGUUUACUGCCAGUUAUAUAUUUAUACAAUAGAUUCAAGCACGGAACUGGCACUAUAGAUAUCAUGUUUUCCAUUAUUUGUCACAGUACAGUAGGUAUAUUGAAAUUUAAUUUUGCAGUUGAUUUAUUGGUUAAAUCUUUAGGAGUUUUCAGUGUUUGUGUGUUUAUCAAAUGUAGAUUUGCUAAGUAUAUUCACUCGUAUAUGGUUGGUAUAUUGAAAAACAGUGGAAAGGUUAACAAUUUAUAUUACACGUAAUAACUUCAAAUUUUCUAUUGUUUAUUGUAUAUGAGUAAUUGCUGUAUUUGGAAGUUUAUUGAUUGUCACAUAGUUUUUUGUUGUUACGUACUAAUAUUUCUGUCAAGUUAUGCAUCACAUAUUAUUUUAGUUAUCAUUUGUGUUAUUUUCUCCUUGGUUUGUAACAAUGAUUGUAGUGUGCAGUAUAUACUUCUUCUUUUAUAAUUGAAGUGUUUAUUUGUAAACCAGAAAUUAAUUGUUUUGCUUCUUAAAUUAGAUCACAUUAUGGAGAUGUUACCAAGGAAUAGUAUACCUAGUGUGUUAUGUCUUACUUAGAAAUAUGUAAUGUACUAUAUAUAAUUUUGUUAACACAAUACUUAAAACUUAUUAACACGUGUCACAAAAUAUUUAUUAACUCUGUUCAAGUUUUAUUCAGAUUGGAAUGUAUAUCUGUAGUUUAUCUACAGAUGUAUACUGUAGGCAUGUGAAAAAGACACUUGUUGUAGCUAGUUGGAUGUUCAUGUUAGGCAUACCUUGAAUUUUCUUGGCAAAUUUUUACUUUAUUGGGUGUAUAAGUUUAAAGUUUCAUUUUUUGUUUUCCUAAAUUUUGCCUUAUUUUUUAUGUGUUAAUUAUACAAGAAGUAGACCAUUUGUUUUGGGUCACUGGAGGACUGUGUAUAUCUUGGUGCAGUAUUAAGGUGCCUCAGUAACAUCUUGAACCAAACAUCCCAAAUAGUAUUUUUCUUGAAAUAUUUUUUAUUCACAAUAGACAUUAUCCAAUAAUAUUGGUCACAAGUAAGGUGAAACUUUCCUCAUUUUAAAAAGUAUCCCACAUUUUAAGAACCUCUGGUUAACAUGAAAGAAAAUUUUACAUUUAACUUUCAUACAUGAACAAUGCUCAUCUACAUCAACAAAAACAGAUAUUUUAAAUUAAGUAUGUACUUCAAUAUUUUUAACAGGUGUGUGUAAUUUCAAAGCAAUUGUUCUGGCACAUCUCUUGCCAAAUUUGAUCCAGGAGAUAAUGGGCUGUCCUCACUUGGUCUUCAGGAAAUGAAUAUUUAUUAACUAAUUGUUACAGUGAGGAGUACAGUUCAGUAACAGUAACAUUCUUUAUCCCUCAAUAAAAAAUUGUCAGUUG